AUGAUACACGAUAACGGAUGUCGAGCUCCGCCUUGGCGACAAAUGCACGGUGACAUAGCUUACUUUUCUGCAAGGAUUCGUGGCACAUCCACCGAUAUUUCGGUAACCGCGGCAACCUAUGGAUGGUUUGUUAACGGGGGCUAUAAUGACAAAACUGGCCAGAUGAAUUUUGAGAAGACCGGCGAUGUCUAUCGUGAUCUGAUCGCAUUGCUACGAGCAAACAGUGCGAAAUUUGACGAAUUCAUGAAGACAACCGAUUUAGCUGCAUUGAUGAAAAGCGAAAAAACUCCCAGUCCCGGAAAUCGAGCCAAUAAAGUAUCCGGACAGCCAACCACGGUGGAGAAUCGGUCUGACGAAGGCAAGACUAAAAGUAAGAAAAAAGUUGGCGGAUCUGUGGAAAAUACGAACACGAGCAAACCUGCUGGAGGUUUUGGGCGAGAAAAACCGCAAGAAAAUGUGCAGCUGGGACAGACAAACCAGCCCAGUGAACGUUGGCAGGUGAUUGGACUCCGUACGACCGGUGACACAGCAAGGGCCGCUGGUCCAAAACCCAGUGGCGAUCAGGACGGUCUGAACGGGGUGGAGUCCGGUGCUCAUGCUUCAUCGCCUACUUCAGAAGUAGAUUGGCAUGUGGUUGAUUCAAACAAUAGCACCGGUAUUCGGUCGGUUCAACCCGGUCAGUUUGAGUUUCACAAUGAUUCGAUCCGCUCGGACCGUGCACGCCAACAACACAAUCAAUUUAAUGCAGAAGAGGCAGAUAAGGUCGAUUCGCCGGGUGAACCUAGUGAUCUUGGUGAUCCGGCAGAAUCGGAAGAUCUACAGGGUCCCUCAUCUCCAGAAGACGGAAUUUCGCCGGAAUCACAACCGAUGGAAGAACAGAUUGCCGAGGCCACACAAGUCGAGAAAACCAAGAUGUACAAGAAGCGUCUUGAAAAGGAACGACGCUGGAGGACACGGCACACGGAUGUUAUCACUCUUGAACGACUGAAAGAUCGUUCGAAACAAAGACAAAUCUCGUCCGGAUUAGAUGACAGUUGCAACGAGGUCAGUUCGGAAAGCGAGAGCGGAGAGGAGGACGAUGUGCCGGAACGUCGAACAGAUGCCAGCUCGGAUUUACCGUCAGAGUAUUGGCAAAUUGGAAAGAUGGUCAAGUAUUUAAAAGAUAUGCCGUUGAAAACAGAAGUAUGCCAACUGGCUGUACGAGAUGUGGGUGGUAUUGAUGUGUUAAUCAAUCUUCUAGAAACAGAUGAGGUUCGGUGCAAGGUGAGUUUGAGCUGCACCCUGAUGCCGACCUUCACGAGUUGUUGA